AUGUGCGCCGCCGUCCAGGCGUGCCACGAGCGCGGCAUCUCGCACCGCGACAUCAAGCCCGAGAACUUUAUCCGCAAGGGCGUCGUCGUCAAGAUCACCGACUGGGGCCUCGGCACCAUGGACGCCGAGUGCGAGGACUUUGACUGCGGGAGCAAGCCCUACAUGGCCUACGAGUGCCGCAACAACCUCAAGCCGACGUACGACCCUCGCCAAGCCGACGUGUGGUCGCUCGGGCUCGUGUUUCUCAACCUCCUGUACCACCGCAACCCGUGGGCCGACCCGUCGCUCGACGACCCGGACUUUGCCGAGUACGUCGAGGACCCGGUCGGGUUCCUCCAGAACCGGUUCGAGGGCAUGAGCGACGAGGUGGCGCACUUCCUCGCCGACCGCGUCUUCUGCGACGUCCUCGAGGUCGUCGACGGGCAGCCCAAGCGUCGCGUCUCGGCGGGCGAGUUUGGAAGGUGGGCCAGUCGCCUCGUCAUGAUGAUGGGCGAGGGCCAGCUCGGCGCGCAGCACCGUCCGCCGCUCGCCCACCAGGCCGACUCGGCCUACUCGGCGUUCGAGUUCUCGCCCGUCGCGACGAUGCCCCUCUCGAUCGGCGGCAACACGUCGCCUGUCCCGCAGACGGCAUCGCUCCUGUCGCAGUUCGCGCCCUCGACCGUCAAGCAGUCGAGCAUCUUCGACGACCUCCCGUCCGACCUGCGCCACGACCUGCCGACCGUGCCCG